AGUUGCCGUCCUAGCGCAUGCGCAAGUGAUUCUUGUAACCGCGAAGUAUGAGCAACGGGAAUGACAUCAUGACAGGAAGUUUUAUGGUGUAGCCGAUUCACGUGACAUUGGUUGUGAAUUGAGGCAAACGCUGAGACGUGUCAUUAAAUAUUUGUGUUCUGACUGUGUUGGUGCUACAGACAAGAGGUUUAGGAGAGUUUCUUGUUGUUUCCAUCUAAGAAGCAAGUUUCACUAAGGCUCAGAUAACACAUAUUCACCAAUGGCUUCUCAGUCAUAUUACCGGUCACCGUGUACACCAACAGUGUAUCCUGCUGAACCAUUUGAUCCAAAGGCCGAUGCAGAAAUAUUAAGGAAAGCAAUGAAGGGAUUUGGCACCGAUGAGCAGGCCAUAAUUGAUAUAGUAACUAGACGGAGCAUAGUACAGCGCAUUGAAAUAGCGGACACUUAUAAAACAAUGUAUGGGAAGGAUUUAAUAUCAAAUUUAAAAAGUGAACUGAGUGGGAAUUUUGAGAAUGUCAUUAUUGGGCUGAUGACACCUCUGCCACAGUUUUAUGCUAAAGAAUUGAAUGAUGCAGUCAGAGGCCUGGGGACAGAUGAGGAAGCUAUUAUUGAGAUAAUGUGCACACUGAGCAACUAUGGAAUACGUGCAAUUUGUUCAGUCUAUGAGAAAAUGUAUGGAAGAACCCUGGAACAUGAUUUAAAAGAUGACACCUCAGGACACUUCAAGCGUUUCCUUGUAUCUCUCUGUAUGGCAAACAGGGAUGACAAUACAGAUGUGGAUGAGACAGCAGCCCAACAAGAUGCAAACGCACUUUUUGAAGCAGGUGAGAAGCAGUGGGGAACAGAAGAGUCAGUUUUCAAUGCAAUUUUGGUUUCUCGUAGUGAAAAUCAUUUGAGGCAAGUGUUUGUGGAAUAUGAGAAACUGACGGGUCACACCCUGGAGGAAGCCAUUAAGAGUGAAUUUUCAGGAAGCAUAAAGAAGGGCUUGAUGGCAAUAGUGAAGUGCAUCGUAGACAAGACUGCGUUCUUUGCUGAACGCCUUUAUAAAAGCAUGGCUGGUUUGGGCACAAAUGAUAAAACUCUGAUACGAAUUGUGGUUGCACGCUCGGAGAUAGACUUGGGUGACAUCAAAAGAAAAUUUGAAGCAAUUUAUGGAAAGACAUUGGAAAGUUUCAUUGCUGGUGACACUUCUGGUGAUUAUAAGAGAGCUUUGCUUGCUAUUGUGGAUUGAUGAAAAUUGUCUUUUUCUGUAUGUAACCACAACUUUUUGUGAUAAAAUGAAUCUCAGAUUGUGAACUUGUACUAGUUUAGAAAUGAAAUUUGGGCUUCUGAAUAUGACAAAAAGAGUAAUUGUUUAUUAUUAUAAGAUCUAAGGUGACGGCUUGAUCUUGAUAUGAAAUGAGUGUAAUAUACAAAUUUUAUUUAUUCAGAA